AUGCCAGUUCGUUUUAUAUGUUAUGGUAUUUGCCUACUGAUUGCCGGUUCGGGUUGUUCCGCAAACAACAUUUUCGAAUAUUUAGGACGGGCGUACCGUAAAGGUUUGAUCGAAUUCCGCGAAGACGCUCAGUUCGGCAACAAAUCGUUAUUGGACGAAUACGAUUUCAUAGUGGUCGGGGCUGGGGCCGCGGGAGCGACGGUCGCCCGGCGGUUGGCCGAAGUGCCGGAAUGGAAUAUACUACUGUUGGAGGCCGGCGGUGAAGAAUCCUUGAUAACUUCGAUUCCGGCCAUUGCGCACUAUUUACAAUUCACCGAUUACAAUUGGGCGUACCACACGGAAAAAGAACCGCACGCGUGUAAAGGACUUACGAACAAGGUGUGUCCCUGGCCGGCGGGUAAAGGGCUGGGAGGCAGUACGAUAAUCAAUAACAACAUGUACACUAGGGGCAAUCCGAGAGACUUUGAUCGGUGGGCCGAGGCCGGCAAUCCGGGAUGGUCUUACGAGGACGUGCUGCCGUAUUUCUUGAAAAACGAAGACAUAAAGAUACCCGAACUGAAACGAUCGCGUUAUCAUGGGGUAGGAGGGCCGAUGUCGAUAAGCUAUCCGCCGUUCAAAUCAAAACUAGCUGACGCGUUUUUAGAAUCCGCGACCGAGGUGGGUAUGCGAAUCGGCGACUAUAACGCUCCGGGCAGUCACGUAGUGUUUUCGAGAAUCCAAAGUACGACGUCCAACGGUAGACGGGUUACGUCUGCGGCGGCUUACCUACGAGAAAACUUAGAUAAUUUGCACAUAGUCGAAUUCGGAUACGUAACAAAAAUACUUAUAGACGAGAACACGAAAACCGCGUACGGCGUGGAGUUCACUAAAAAUAAAAGAAAACGGAAAAUAUUAGCCAAAAGGGAAGUAAUAAUAUCAGCGGGUUCGUUCAAUUCGGCUAAAUUGUUGAUGCUUUCCGGAAUCGGUCCUAAAGAACAUCUGGAGCCAUUGGGGAUAAAAACUAUAAACGAUUUGCGGGUAGGUGACAAUCUACAAGAACAUCCCGGAUUUGCCGGGCUGGUUUUCGUUAUCGAUCAACCACUAUCUUUAUUCGUGGAUAGAGUGUAUCGAAAUAUCUUCGAAGAACUGUUUAAAGAGUACCAAGGGAAAAGUUGGUUAUCAGUUUUACCGGUCGAAGGCGUUGGUUACGUGAAAACGAAAUACAAUAAUGACGAAGGAGAUUUGCCGGACAUCGAAUAUAUAUUUUUACCGGGUAGUAUGGCCACGGAAGACGGUUUAGGCGGAAGUAUGCUCCGGAGAACGAUGGGAGUACCAGAUAAAUUAUAUCAUGAAAUGUUAAAAGGUGCUUUAUUGAAUGACUCGUGGACGAUCGGGCCCAUGUUGAUGUAUCCGAAAAGCAGGGGACAAGUAUUAAUGAUUUGUUAAUAAUACUAUGUAUAACUAUAAGCACCUUUCGGUCCAUAUAGAUUUGUAAAAGAUAACAUUUAGUAAUUUUUUUUCAUCUCGUCUUUUAGGUUCGUCUCCGUAGUUCCAACCCGUUUGAUAGCCCGAAGAUCAACGCGAAUUUUUUCGCCGAUCCCAUGGACCUGAAGCGCAUAGUAGAGGGCAUACAGAUGAUAAUCGACUUGAGCAAGACCAAGGCGUUUCAAAAGUACGGGUCCAAGUUAUACGAUAACCCAAUGCCCGGUUGUAAGCAUUUGGAAUUUGGUACUGAUCAAUACUGGUCGUGUUGUGUCGAAACCAUGACCAUGCAGUUCCAUCACCAGAGCGGAACCUGCAAAAUGGGCCCAGAAUGGGACCGGAACGCUGUAGUAAAUCCUCAGUUAAUGGUUUACGGAGUGAACAGACUGAGAGUGAUCGACUGUUCGAUCAUGCCAACAAUAACAGGUGGUCACACCGUCGCACCGGCCUAUAUGAUCGGCGAAAAAGGAUCCGAUCUGAUAAAGUCUUUUUGGUUAAACAAUUGAGUUACUGAGUAUAUACGUAACAGUGGCGGAUUAUAAUAUACGCAGAUCAAGCAGGCGAUUGGAGUGGCAAACUUCAAGUUUGAUACUUGCGGCCCUUAAAAUAAGAAUGGUCAAUGACUAUAAAAUAUAAAACGGUGUCUCUUUUUUGUUUAUUUUUUUUUUUUUUUGUUUAUUACCAUGCAAUUGAGGCCUAACCUAACCUUAACAAAGAUAAAAUAUACAUGCCUUAAAUAUUAGAUGUUAUAUUAACUUACUGAAAUAUUGCCCCCGUGAACAC